CGUGUCGGGAGGGGGGAAAGUGUCGUGUCCUGCCCCGCCCUGAAUGUACACUGACUCGACGCUAUCAACCUCUGAGCGCCACGGAGGGAACUUCACUGUGAAAAGUACACAGACAUUAUCAACUCUAGAUCUGCACCAAAAGUCCAAUGGUCAAUGUUUGCUUCGGGAUCCCUGCUGCGCAAAGCACCCAGACUGCACAAGGGCUUGGAAGGCUGCCGGCUGGGUUGGAGGCGACCGAGCACGUCCGUAUAUAUUGACACAUUAAAACAAAAAAGUUAGGCCGGUGGUAUCGCAGUCAUGUCUGGACAACCUAGAUUUGUGAGCCCGUUUUACAGACCCCAGUGUUUGGCUGCUGCAGCUCCAGCGGCGGGGAAAGCCAAACUCACGCACCCGGGGAAGGCUAUCUUGGCAGGUGGAAUAGCAGGAGGCAUAGAGAUCUGCAUCACCUUCCCCACCGAGUAUGUUAAAACACAGCUGCAGCUUGACGAGAAGGCAAAUCCUCCCAAAUACAAAGGCAUUGUUGACUGUGUGAAGCAGACAGUGAACGGUCAUGGCGUGAGGGGUCUCUACAGAGGUCUAAGCUCACUGCUUUAUGGCUCUAUACCUAAAGCAGCUGUCAGAUUUGGGGUGUUUGAGUUCCUCAGUAAUAAGAUGCGUGAUGAAAAAGGAAGACUAGACAGUACACGAGGAUUAAUCUGUGGCCUUGGGGCUGGAGUUGCAGAGGCUGUCCUCAUAGUCUGUCCUAUGGAGACAGUUAAGGUCAAAUUCAUACAUGAUCAGACAUCAGCAAAUCCAAAGUACAAGGGAUUUUUCCAUGGUGUGAGGGAGAUUAUUAGAGUCGAAGGACUGAAGGGGACUUACCAAGGCCUAACAGCCACCGUGUUGAAACAAGGCUCCAACCAGGCCAUCCGCUUCUAUGUCAUGACUUCCCUGAGGAACUGGUACAAAGGUGAUGACCCCAACAAAGCCAUUAACCCUCUGAUAACUGGACUGUUUGGAGCUGUUGCUGGUGCUGCCAGCGUGUUUGGAAACACUCCUCUGGAUGUCGUUAAGACCAGAAUGCAGGGUCUUGAAGCUCACAAGUACAAAAGCACAUUGGACUGUGCUAUGAAGAUCAUGAAGCAUGAGGGACCAAAAGCGUUCUACAAAGGUACUGUGCCCCGGCUGGGUCGGGUGUGUAUGGACGUGGCCAUAGUCUUCAUUAUCUACGAGGAAGUCGUGAAGGUCCUGAACAUUGUUUGGAAGACGGACUGAAAUGGACCCGUCCCGGUGCUACACAACAAGCGAGAGCGUUAGGACAGGCCAUUCACAUUAUUAACCAGGCCAAGUCCUAAACCAAUCUCCGUAAACCACGUUUCUAGGUUCUAAUAUCUACCUCUUAGUGAUUUUCAGAGUGAACGAAAGGGAUUGGUAUGUUCUUGAUUUUAUUAAUAGCACAGCUACUACACAUAGAAGCAUUAUCUGCAUUAAAAAAAAGUUUCAGAUUGCAGAGUCAGUGCUUACACUUCCUUUUUUAUCUUAAAUUCCAGAAUGGGGUAGUUCAUUAAGCGCUCAGGGAAAGGAACGGGGCAUUUAUUAUAUAUCUACUGUCCGCACAGACAACUACAGCGCUUUAAGUUUACUUAUACUAAUGCUGUAUGUACUUAAUCGAAGAGAAACCAAUACCCACCCCAACACAAUGUGAUUUUAGACACUAUAGACAAAGAAAUUAUACUUGAAUUGAGAGAUUAUAUCCAGAGAUCAAACCAUUUGGAAGUCCUCUUUAUAUGCAAGUAUUUAGAUUUUUUUCUACAAGACGUUUCAAAAGCGAUAUUUCAUUCAGUACCUGAUGAAAUAAUUUAUAUUCAGAUGCCACAUGCUGCAGAGGCGACAGGCACAUUAAGAACUGAAUGCCUUAAAUCACAAUUGUCACAUGAAUCAAGAUUGUAGGAUCCAUAAAGAGAUGCAGUUUUUUUUUUUUUUUUUAUUAUUAUUAUGUUGCAUCUGUACAGAACUUUAGAAAUGCACAAAACAGUAGUUGAGGUGAAAAGCAGGUUCACUUUUAAGUUGUAGAGAUGUUUUAAAUCCAUUAAUGUAAUAGACUGAUGCUAUAAAAAGUGCCUAGGUAUUCAUUUUAAGAUCUUAUUGAGAUUAAGAAUGAUUGAAUGUUGUACUUUAGUCACUACGGAUUUUUUAAAUAAUGUAAUCAGUUGCACACCACGCUGUGGUGGUGCCAGAUGUUUAAUUCCAGGCCGUUUCUGCGGUAUUUCUGAGAUGUUCAUAUCUUUUAAAUUUAUCAUAACUGUUGAUGAAUGUUUGAUUUUCCAUUUUAAAUUGCCUGUUUGAGAAGUGCCAUUAAUAGUGCCUUCCAUCUCAUUCCAGGGAGGGUGAGUGCUUUAGGAUAUAUUUUAUUGCAGAUUCUGUUUUUAUUUGUAACCACAUUAAUUGCCUUUUACUUUUUACACACAUACUGAUGACCCAAUGUGCCAACUGCUGCUUAAUUAUAAAUAUAUAUAUAUAAAUAUAAAGCCAUGUUAUAGACUGGAGUUUUGAGUAUGGCAUGUUUACAUGCAAUGCAAUUAAGUGUUUUACAAAUGUUAAGCUAUCCUUUUUCAGCUUCAGCUUGCAUACAUGUAGACUUUCUGUCAUAGCUAUUUAAAUCUCUUUUUUUCAAGAAGAAGAAAAAAACAAACAAGAAAAACUCCAGUAGUUAAAACCAAGUGUUGUGCCUUUAGUCUAAGUAGUUCUAACAUGGAUGCUCACAAAUAAACAUUGGAUCAGAUUGUU